AUGGAUUUGGCGGUGUCUGGGUUAGUUUCACGUUACUUUUUCGUAGCCAUGAAAAUUUUCUGCGAUGCGAUGAGCAGAAUAAUGAGUAUUGGUGCAGCGGUCGAGGAAGACACUAAUAGGUACUGCGAGGAUAUGGUAGCUCCAACGGCGCUCAAGAAGUCGGGCACGGAUGGCCAGACUGCGCCUGGGCCAACGGGCUCGCGGAUCGUCGGCACAGACAACACACGGAGCAUCGAGGACGAUGAUGACAUCCUGAUAGACCAGGAGGACAGCGGCGCAGCCGCAGCAGAGCAGGCGGAGGGCGCGCGCGAGCAGCAGGGUGUGGUUCUGGACGCAGAGGGCAAGCCACGGUUUGCGGCAGCCGCGAGCGUCGCGGAGACACGCGUGAAGGCCGAGAGCCGCAAGGUGCCUGUGCCGCCGCACAGAAUGACGCCGCUGCGCAACAGCUGGACGAAGAUAUACCCGCCGCUGGUGGACCACCUAAAACUGCAGGUGCGGAUGAACCUCAAGACGAAGUCCGUGGAGCUGCGCACACACCCGCGCCACACGACCGACCCGGGCGCGCUGCAGAAGGGCGCGGACUUCAUCAAGGCAUUCACGCUCGGGUUCGACCUGGACGACUCGAUCUCGCUGCUGCGGCUGGACGACCUGUACAUUGAAACCUUCGAGAUCAAGGACGUCAAGACGCUGCACGGUGACCAUCUGUCGCGUGCGAUCGGGCGUAUUGCAGGCAAGGACGGGAAGACCAAGUUUGCGAUCGAAAACGCUACCAGGACCCGGAUCGUGCUGGCGGACUCCAAAAUUCACAUAUUGGGCGGCUUCACCCACAUCCGCAUGGCAAGAGAGGCUGUUGUGUCGUUGAUCCUGGGCUCGCCCCCUGGAAAGGUCUACGGCAACUUGCGCACCGUCGCGUCGAGGUUAAAGGAACGUUACUGA